CUUCAUUAGUCUUCUAAAUUACUGCCGCGCUCACACCUAGCAUGCCGUCAGCCCGUGCCUCGCCAUUGGCCACCGCCAGUCCCCCGGCGUGGCCCGUGGACUCUCCAUCACGGCCUUCUCCGACGGGGCCAACCGGUUGACAUUGCUGCGGCGGAUGGUGGUGUGCGCCAGCGCACAGGCACAGAAGCAUGCAGGCGGAGAACGGCUGUUCCGGCGACGCGCUGCGCAAGGCCACCAAAUUCCUCGAGGACCGCCUCGACCGCAACCCCGUCACACCCGUCAUGCUAAUGUCGGACACGCAACAGCAAAGCUCGAGGAAACGCGACGGUGACAACGCGCUUGACGCAGGUGAGGAUCCUCGGCCGACGACACGCCGGUUUGGUCGCCCCCUGCGUCCAAGCAGGAGCACCCACUGGAGUCCAGCGCUUCCGCGGAGCACGCCAUGCGUUCGCAAAGUGACUCGGCGGCCUGGUCAGCGCGUCAUGCAGGAGGUACCCCAUCUGGUGUAUGACGGAGGUAACACCGAUGGCGAGCUAGAGGUGCCGCGAGGUGAUCAGCUAACAGAAGGGGUACCGCGUGGUGUUCCUCAAGAGCGGGUAGGAGUUGGACGUGGACGAUGCAGAAGGUAGAGGUCGGAAGUAUGGUCGUGGGGAGCGCUGGUGAUGGAUCUUCCUGUCGUUGCCGGAUCGAGCGUGAGUGAGAGAGGAGGAAGAACUUGCGAGCGAGAGAGAGAUUUGUGCUGCCUAACUUCGCAGCCUUUUCUGCGUUCCUUCCUCUUCUUGUUAUUCUGUUACAGAGGCCACCCCCAGCUAGCUACCUCCCGGCGGGAUCGCCAUGAUCCGUGAUGGCCGCGCCAUCCCACGACCACAUCACACAGCGACCAAGUCCCACCAGAAGUAAAGCUAGGGUGAAAAAGAAAAACAAAGAGAA